GUCGUUGUACAACACUAAUAAUAAUUAUGAACGACCCAAACAAAGCAAUAAACGUAAACUUAUCCUCGCUGCUUAGUUUAAAAGCCGAAUUAUUACGAAAGCAGCAUGAGGUUAAGCUGGCCAAGGCCACAAAGGGGGCAUCCAGCGAAUUUAAGCCCAAGGAAGCCUCUAAGCCAAAAUCAAAAAAACACGACCGUGAAUACAAAAAGGUUAGCAGCUCCGAAGAAGCUACUGUCUAUGAAAGUGAGGAUUAUGCCCAAUUGGCCAAGUCCCGGCGGGUGCUGGAGGCUAAGAGCAAAUUCUAUGACAAAAUGAGUCGCAGUGGCGGCAAUCUCAACUCUGAUGAUAAUUGCCUUGUGAUGUUCAACCGGAAAAAACAGGAAGAGGAAGUAAUACAACCUUCCAUGCCACCGCCUAGAGAGAGGCUGAGUAGCAGCAGCAGCAGUGACAGCAGUAAUGACGAUGUAGAUGACGAGGAGGAGGUGGAAUAUGUGGACUGCUUGGGUAGGACUAGAAAAUGUCUGCGAAAAGAACUAAAGGAAGCCAAGAGUCGAGAUAAGCAAUUGGCCGCCAGCAUGCCCGAACGUCUGGACCAAACAAAAGCAAAUUGGCUGAUAAACGUUCCCACGGAGCCAUCCCAAGGCAAUAGUGAUACUGACGAUAAUGAAACCAGCUUUAAGCCUCCAGCGCCACCCCAGAGUGUCUUUAGUGAGGCCUUGUCGACAAUGACAAAGCAUGAUGAGCAGCGUAUGAAUUGGGAGCGCAAGGAGCAAGAAAAUUUUGACAAGCCUGACGUUCAUUAUCAGGACGUAUUCUUCGAUGAGGCUCGAACUCACGGCGUGGGCUACUAUGCCUUUUCCACCGAUGAAAAGGAGCGCAAGGAGCAACAGCGCGAAUUGGAAAAAGCUCGUCAAACCACAUCCGAGGAGCAAAAACGACGCGAAGAGAUGCGGGCCAAAAGAGACAGUAUGGUGGCAGAUCGUGUAUUGGCAGCCAAGAACCGUAUACGAGCUAGAAAUGGCUUGCCUCCUAUUUCCAAAGACGAAGUCGCCAAGGAAACAGAGAUGUCAAACAAAAAGGAGGAACGGAAAAAAGAGAAGCACGCGAAGCAACAGAAAGCAGAAGAUCAAAGGCGAGAAGAAGAAGAGGCCGAACGUGAAAAGAUACGUAAAGAUUAUGUACGAGAUUGGGAUAAGGAUAAGAAAGAGUUAAAGGAGCACAGCAAAUCUAAAAACUUUGAUGAAGAUGAAGAGGUUCCUUGGGAAUACAAGGCUGAGCGUUUGCCAAUGUCGCAAGAACAGUGGAAUGAGAAACAGCGUGCGUUACGACCACAAGAGUUUGCCCCUCCAACAGAUAUGGAUUCCUCAGCUCCUCCCAAGCGAACCAACUUCACCAGUGUACCUCCCCCAUUGCGGACACUUUAUGAACAGAGUGAACCCGAAUUUUCAAAUUUCCAUUCCACCAAACAAGAGAAACACAUGCAGCGACGAAAUUAUUUAGCUGCCACAGCAGAGGAGGAAAAAUACAACGAACCAUCGACAUCCGCUCAAUGGGGAGCUGCCGUACCGCCUCCAGCAGAUCUGGAUUUACAACCAUCUUCAUCAAAGCGUCACAAGACCCAAGACGACUUAGAGAGCUCCAUUGAAGCUGGACUUCGAUUUCUGCGAAACAAUUGCGAUAAAAAUGCUUUAAGCAACAAGGCCACAUGGACAGCUAAGGCGGACUAUUAAUAUAAUAUAUCUUAUCGUUUAUCGUUUUAUUGCUUUCUCUGUAAACAAUAUCGUUCGAAAACACAUUUUACUUACUACCUGGACAAGCAUUAACUAUUGUCUUUGUCUGGGUAUUGAAUGAGCUAAGUAGUUAAUUCAUUUAUAAAACAAAAAAUACUGUUAAAUACAUCUAAGAAUAUUAACAUAAACUAUCAAUUAAUAUAACACCAAAGCAUUGCGAUGAAAUAGAUAGAAAAAUACUCUAAUGCAAACAAAUUAAGGAAAUCAUUAGUCUAUCUACCCAUAAAAUUAACUUUUGGCUGUUUAAAAUAAAUUUAACAAAA